ACUUAUUCUCUGCACUUUUCUUUCAUGGGAUUUCAUAUUUUCUUGAAAUCCAAUCAUUAUAUUUUUUAUGGUUAAUGUUAAAAGUGGAGAGUCAAAUUAUGUGACCUGUUUUUGCUAAAUUCAGGCAUUGGUGAAGCUAAUUAGCUAUUCUGUAACUGGCAAAAAUAAUCCAGCUUUUCUCUACUAAGAUUAGGAUUCUGUUGUGCUGACUGCUGUCAGUCUUUUUUUCCAUUUGAGCUGGAUGCAUCUUCUUUCCUUUUUUCAAUUUGUAAUUAUUUCAUUAUAAUUUGUAUGUGUUGAGGGUGUUUAUACGUAUAUUUACUUGAUAAUUGCAGGGUUUUUGAGAAACCUGAGAUGGAUUUCAGUGAAUCGACCAAAAUUGUUUACAAUAGAAUCCAACUGUUGGAGCCCGAUAAUGUGUCUAAAAUUUUUGGCUAUCUUCUCUUGCAAGACCAUGGUGACCGGGACAUGAUCCGUUUGGCAUUUGGUCCCGACACUUUGCUCCAUUCUUUGAUCCACAAGGCCAAAUCCGAGCUCAGCUUGAACAAGGUAGCUGUUUCUCAGUUGACUCCGCCCCCCGUCGUCGUCGAUCUCCCCGUGCAGUUUGCUCCAUAUUCCCCUGCUUCGUCCCAUGCGGUUUCGUUGACUCCAGGAGCUCGAAGAGCUUCCGCAGCUCCUUUCUGGGAUCAUCCAACAGUUACUGCUGCUGAGCAACAUGUUAACGGUUUGGAAUUUGCCCCACCAGGGUAUUCGGAUGCUGUUGCCGAAGAUUAUCGUUUCCAGAAUCAAAUGCAUUUCUUGAACAUGGAAGAUCAGUUAGAAUCAGUCAAUUUCGUUGGUUCCGAAUUCCCGAGCAAUUACUAUUAUUCGGAACCUGCAUUGGGUGCUAGAACCAGCCGAAGGUUCCCAAGCUUGCCUGAGUUUCCUGUUAAGAUUUGCCAUUACUUCAACAAGGGGUUUUGCAAGCAUGGAAACAAUUGUAGGUACUUCCAUGGCCAUCCUGUGCCGGAUACCUUUUCUCAGCUUUUCAAUCCGAGUUCGAACGAGCUUGGCAACGAUGAUAGCAUAGUCUCUCCCGGGACUCUCGAAAAGCUAGAAUUGGAGCUCACGGAGCUUCUAAAAGCCAGGAGAGGGUUGCCUGUCUCUAUUGCCUCUUUGCCAAUGCUAUACUAUGAGAAGUAUGGUAGGACACUUCAGGCUGAGGGGUAUCUUACCGAGAGCCAACGACACGGUAAAGCCGGUUAUAGUCUGACCAAGCUCCUUGCUCGAUUAAAGAACAGCAUUCGGCUCAUUGACAGGCCCCAUGGACAGCAUGCGGUGAUAUUGGCGGAGGAUACUCCAAAGUACCCCGAGUAUGCUCCCGAGAGGAAUGAUCCCGGUGCAAUAGUCGCCGGCUCUAGGCAGAUAUACCUUACCUUUCCAUCUGAUAGUAGCUUCACCGAACAAGACGUUUCACACUACUUCAACAAAUUCGGACCAGUGCAUGAUGUUAGGAUUCCAUGCCAACAGAAAAGGAUGUUCGGGUUUGUCACUUUCAUUUACGCUGAGACGGUGAAGCAAAUUCUGGCUAAAGGAAAUCCUCAUUUUGUAUGCGGGGCUCGUGUUCUGGUGAAACCCUAUAGGGAAAAAUCAAGGGUUGUUGAUAGGAAAUAUACCGAGAAAUUACAGCAUCCUCAUAUGUAUUACGGACCACACUUCAUAGAUGGAGAUUCAGAGCUUCAAUCAAUGCCAAGAGCUUACGAUAAUUCAAUGCUAUUUCGGAAACAGCUGAUAGACGAUCACGAGCAAGCACUGGAGUUCGAGAGAAGGCAUUUCUCGAAGUUGCAAUUAACACCGAAGCAAUAUAUGACAAGUCAAAUCUAUUUUGGUUACUCAAUGGAUGAAUUGAAGCACACAGAUGACAAAGCAGCAGAUUUCCAGACGUACGAGCGUUUCAACUAUCUGUUGGACGUUCUGAAUACUGGUUCAACCAGUGAGGACAAAGUGAAUCAUAUUAGUACCAGUUACAAUGACCAGGAUAGCAGCCAAGGACUCAAUCUUCCGGAGAGUCCAUUUGCUUCUCCAAUAGGGAGUGGCAUUUCGACAGUUACAUAGAGAGACUUGGACUUGGACUCGGAUUCGGACAACAACAACGACAAGACAGGAGUUACAUUGUCUUCCCUUUUAUUUUAUUUUUUCAAGUAUUAAAGUUGACAUAAACAUCAUCGGUCCGACAGCAUCUUUUCAUGGUUCAUAAUAGUGCCAAGCGAAGGAGAGAAACGCUAGAAAUUCUCCAUUUUAACUUCCAAUGGAGAAGAAGAAGAUUCCAAAGAUAAAAUUAAUAUAGAAAAAGCUAAUAUGUAAAAGGGUCGCCAUGUCCCUUUUUAUUUUCCUUUUUUAAAGUUAAUCACAGAAAG